CACAUACGGUCACACUGGCGGGCGCCGUCAAACCGUGGGUCUUCUUCGUCUAUUUACUUCUAAAAAUCAUUAUAUAAUUAAACCGAUGUGAAGCGAAACCAAAACAAACCAGCGCAAACCCAGUGUGUGAGCAGUUGCGAUGGUAACGCGGUGACCAAUGCGCCCUUCUCCACACGCCCGUACUGAAGUUAGGAUCAGAGCAAGAUGAAAGACGAUGGAGCACCGAAUGUCGCGAAAACCACCGACCCACCGCCCCCCAAACGGGUUCCAUCUGGCGGAACCCCCGCCCACCGCACGGACGUAGAGCUGUCCCGGGGCGGCAGCGUAUUCUCCGACCGCUUCUUCGGGGCCUUCCAGUGGGAGGAGUUCGCCUGUGGGUGCGGAGCCGCCUUCGUCAACAUCGCGGCCACCUACCCCAUCUACAAGAUGAUUUUCCGCCAAAUGCUGCACGGCGUGCCCAUCACCUCGGCCUUCGCCCAGCUGCGCCACGAGGGGCUGGGCUUCCUGUACCGCGGCAUGCUGCCGCCCCUCGCCCAGAAGACCAUCUCCCUGUCCAUCAUGUUCGGCGUGUUCGACGGCACGCGGCGGUACCUCGUGGAGGACUACCGCCUGAACGACUACGGGGCCAAGGUGAUCGCCGGGGUGGUCGCCGGCAGCGCCGAGUCCAUCCUCCUGCCCUUCGAGCGGGUGCAAACCCUCCUGGCGGACUCCAAGUUCCACCAGCACUUCUCCAACACACCGAAUGCAUUCAGGUAUGUCGUAACCCACCAUGGCUACCGGGAGCUGUACAGGGGACUUGAACCAGUAUUUUGGCGCAACGGCCUGUCCAACGCGUUGUUCUUCGUGCUGCGGGAGGAGGCCAGCGUACGACUGCCCAAUAGACAAUCGGUAUCCAGUCGGACGGCACAGGAGUUCAUCGCGGGCGCGGUGAUCGGGGCGAGCAUAAGCACAAUUUUCUACCCGCUCAACGUGAUCAAGGUGUCGCUGCAGAGCGACAUGGGCCAGAGGUCGGAGGGCAGCUGGCAGGCGUGCAAGCGAAUUUACAUAGAGCGCGACUGCCGCAUCGCGAACUUCUACCGCGGAUGCGCCUUCAACACGGGCCGCUCCUUCAUCAGCUGGGGCAUCAUGAACACGGCCUACGAAAACCUCAAGAAACUGAUGCACCAGCAGCCGCAGAUCCCGCUGACCUCGGAGUAAACUAGAUACUUAGCUGAUUGUACACAAACGGUUACUUCUGCCUUUUAGCUAGCCAAUUAUUUCUCUCGGUUAAGUCUCGUCUAAGUCGCUUGUGUUGAGAUGCUGAAUUCUAGGUGUUAAUGUACAUAUACACAUCGUAAGCGGAGGCCACUUGCUCCUCCCCUCCUCCUCAUAUCUGUAUAUCUAUUCAAUUCGCCCCGCGGAUGCCAAGUACAAUACCACGUGAGCAUUUAAAGGUACCCAAACUACGAGUUACGGUUUAGUUAGCUACUUUACGAGUGCGUGUAAAUAAUACUAGGUGAUGUACCAUAUAAUACGAGUGUGUUGUUUGUUCGCCAAUGACUUUGUGAUUCAUUGAAGUUACUAAAACUGAAUGAUUUACGCUGUAAUUUCAAUGUUCUUAAUCGAAAAUAAAAGUGUAUUUGUAAUUACGAA